AUGUCUCAACUUCAGCUGGAUAAUCCUAAUGGGCGUGCCCUGACUUGGAUCUUCGAUCACUGCCUCCGCUACCCCAGCUCUUAUGAAAUCCCAUUGCGCACCAUGUACACCAUCAACUGCAACCCCGCCAAGGGUACCAAUGCCAACCGUACCCCAGAGACCGCAUUCUCUCCCCGCGACUCAAUCUCCACUACAUCCACCAAAUCUAACAAAUCGUCUCACUCGGAGGACUCGAUCGACGCUGCUGCCGACUUUCGCUCCCAGCUAAUCCACCAAAUCUCCCGUCUUCCGUCCCAGCCAUGCUCGCUUCCACCUGCUUUCCUCUGUUCAUUCUUGCGUCGCUGCUUUACCGAACACCUUGAAAGCGUUGACUUCCCCCAGGCACUGACCGCUCUGGACUACCUGAAGGAUCUCGAGUGCCGUUGGAAGAAGGAGAUUGCCAAUGCCGUCCAGCGUCUCAACAUCGACCGUGAAGACGCUCAGGAUCCUCUUCACUCUGAGUUGGGCAUGAAGUACCCCGGCGUUAUGGCUUGGUUGCAGAACAUGAAUGCCAAGGCCCGCACCCUCGAGGCUCUCUACACCCAGGUCUACGUUGGUCUCCGUCGCUGGACUCUCAUUAACGACAUGCUUCUCGAGCCCCAGGGGAAGGCCAACCACAUUGCCAUGCUCAACACUCUCUUCCCGCCAGUCACGGAUAAAACCCCAACUCCCACCCCGCAGUUGACCCUUCGAAUCCUCAAGUCUCACCGCGACGGCUUCUUCCGAUACAUCAACGCCGUCAGCACUCAUGGCACCGGAGUCUUGGAUUCUUUCAUCUCGGCCGGUGCUCCCGAGGGCCACUCAAGCACCUGGCCUUUGCUUUACGAAUCUUUGGAGAAGUACUUGAAUCUCGCCAUGGAGAUGAUCGAAGAAUGCACUUACGUUAACGAGCCUGCCAAUCUGGAAAAUGCCGGACCCAACCGCUCCAAGACCCGCAAGGCCGACUCUGGCAUCAGCUUCGGAUCGUCUACCACGGACACCAGCGGCGCUGACUCCGAGAAGCCUCUCCCCCAUUUCCCUAUCCCCUCCCCAACCCAGACCAAGGCCACCGGCCUCGAGCGUCUGGUCGGUGAACUUCGCCGCAUUGGAUUCAACAACAAAUCCAAGAACUUGAAGAAAAUGAAGUCCACCACAGCAUUGAAUACUCGCCCUAGUAGCCAGGACAGCUACGCCGAAAGCUCCUUCUUUGAGAUUGAUGAACAGAAGCGCCGUCGCUUGAUUGGCGAGGCCACCAAACGCAAAACCCCCCAGGCCUCUCAGGCCCAGUAA